AUGGACGUAGACCAGCUGGCUUGGGAAAACGAUACAGCGAACAACCCCCGUAAAUGGUCUCGACUGCGCAAAACCACAACCCUAAUAUCGAUUUGCAUGAUUGGUUUCACGACGACUUUAGCCGCCUCCAUCUACGCACCCGGCCAUGAGCAGGUCAAAGAAGACUUCCACGUCUCAACCACCGUAGCUCUCCUGCCUCUGUCCGCAUACUCCCUCGGGCUGGCCUUUGGACCGAUGAUCUCGUCACCCUUGUCAGAGACGUUUGGGCGUAAGUACGUCUAUUUGUCCACGCUCCCACUGUUUGACGUCUUUACCCUGGCCGCCGGGUUCGCGCCAGAUAUUGCGACGCUCAUUGUCUUUCGCUUUUUCGCGGGGCUGUUCGCGGCACCAGGGGUGUCGGUUUCGGCGGCUACGAUCUCUGAUUUCACGCCGCCGGAACAGAGGGUCGUGGCUCUGUCACUUUAUUACUCCAUUCCUUUUACGGGGAGUGUAGCUGGUCCCUUGGUUGGGAGUCUGGUUACCGAGGCGAGGGGGUGGCGGUGGACGAUGUGGGUGAUCCUCAUGAUGGCUGCACGUAUCGCAGAGAAGACAGGCACCCAAGGGCUGCAGGUGCGACCUGAGCCGGUCAUGGAGACAAUCAGGAAGUUUCUUUCGUCUACCGUUACGCGGCCGAUGCAUAUGAUUCUAACAGAACCAUUGGUCGGAUUCAUCUGCCUCUACUGUGGGUUUCAGUUUGCAUUACUCUACACUUUUGUUGUGGCCAGUCCGUGGGUUUUCAAAACUGUGUAUGGGUUUUCCCUCAGCGAACAGGGUCUUUCUGCGCUGGGUCUCGUUGUAGGCUGCCUGGUGGCACCUUUCGUGCUGAUUUUUCUAGGCAUCGCGAUACGCAAUAAAGACCUAGCCAGAUGUCGAAACCAAGGAUGCCCGGUCAAGCCCGAAAGACGCCUCUUGAUCGCAUUAUAUGGGAGUUUAGUGCUUCCAAUUGGUCUCUUCUGGUUCGGCUGGACAGCCCGCGCCUCGGUCCAUUGGAUGUGUCCAAUCGUUGGCCAAGGCGUUGCUAUUCUGGGUAGCAUUCUCAUCUAUGUGCCCUGCAAUUUCUAUAUGAUGGAUAUCUAUGGUUCGAAAUAUGGUGCCUCGGCCGGCGGUGCCAGUUCAUUAUCGCGGUAUUUGCUGUCGGCGGCGUUCCCGCUGUUCGUGACACAGAUGUAUGAGGCUCUUGGUAUCGGGUGGGCGAGUAGUCUUUUGGGGUUUCUUGCAAUUGUCCUGGCGCCCAUCCCGUGGCUGUUCUAUUACUUUGGUCCCCGUCUCAGGGCUCGGAGUGCGUAUGAACAUGGGACGUGA